UUUAUACCGCGCCUGUCCAACUAACGCUGCUAUCUCGCCUCACAUUUACCUUUUCUUUAAAAACAUAACAAAACAGCUGAAAAUACUGUUAUUAGAUAAUUUGAUAGAAUUCAUGUUUUGUUCAUUUUAAUAAGGUCUAAUGUUAAGGUAUACUGUUGGAAAGUUGAGUCAUAAGUCAUCUCAAUAAAAGCAAACCCCGGAGUUGCCACGUUAUAAUGUAAAGCUUUUCAAAUUAUGAUUAUAAUAGAAUGUUAGUUUAAAUAAAGUGGAUCCAGUCAUCAAUAUAGUUCACAAUCAAGAAAGAGCAAUGAAAGGUAUCGGCGUUAUAUAUGUGAACCGGUUUGCAUGAUCAUAACAAUUCGCUUUGCUUUAUAUUGCAGUACUUUCAAAUUAUUUAACCAGUGGUUAUUUUGACAUUUCAAUAUAAACUUUAUAUCAACUUAACCAGUACAAAGAGUGUUUGGUAAACUUUAUUAAAAUAACUGUAUGAUUAAUCUUUCGUUAAUAAAAACGAGCUUCAAAAGCUGGAUUGCAAUUCAGUUAUUAAGCGCAAAUUGUUCAAUUAAAUACCGUUAAGGUUGAGACCACUUAAAAAUGUAAGAUUUUAUAAAAUCAUUUUGGCAUGGUUAUUCAGAGAGCAUUCAAGAAACGAUAAUGAGUAAAUACAUGCUUGGGUCAACGUUUACAUAACGCGCUUAUGUUUUAUCUGCGGCGUAGUUGCUCAACGAUAUACAUAGACUAUAUAUUUUUUAUACAAAUGAAUUUAUUACCUUUUCACGGAACACUAUUCUUUUUGCUUUUUAGUCUAACAAAAACUUAGUUGUUUGUGCCUAUUAAGGUCAUACACAAGGCCGUGGGUGCGUUAGUCGAGUGUAGUAACGGGGCAGCCCAUUGCGGAGGUGACCCCCCUAUCGUACUGAUGCCAACAUAUUGACGACAUCCUUAUUUUUAUUGGCGAUGCGAGCGAGUGCGACGACCGGCACCACCUCCACACCAGAACUGUGCGUGUGGCCUCGUAACCGUUCUAUUUACAGGACUUUGACAAAAUAAACUGCGCUUUAUUACACACGAUUAGAUAACACAUUUAGCUGCACUUCUGCAACUUUGUGACCGUUUUGGUCGUUAAUCUACAUAUGGUUUAACAGUCUCUUAAUUUCUGUGUAUUUAAAUAAUGUUAAAUGUUGUUUAAAGUAUUUGCAAUAGCGCUAAGGUUUAUUUAUCCCGUCUUUUAUAGUUUGAAAUCUAUUGUUGUUAAUUAGCGUUCGUAUUUUGCGAAAAAAAAAUUCUAAGUAACGUGAUUGCACUAAUAAUCUUAGUGUUUAUUGACUAGUAUUGAGCAUAUAAUUAUAUUGUACAGAUCGUACUGUAAAUUUCCAUGAUUCGGUGUCAUUAUCGAAUUCAGUGACGUUUAAUAUCAUUAUCGAUUAUAGCUAUGAUUAGCGGGGUUGCUGGCGUUCAGUGCACGUCCGCAGAUGUCGCGGUAAAUGUGGACUCUUUGUUUAUUUUUACGUCCUAACUACCUAUGUGCCUAUGUGCGGUGUGGGAUCGGGACUCUGUGUGGGAUACAGCCGGGGCUGCGUAUGUAGCACGAUGAGCGAGAGGCGAGCCCGCCCGCGGCCGCGCAGACGCAAUGAAAUGCACGAAAAACAGCAAGAUUUGCUUCUUGCUUGGAGUGAUGAGGUGUGCAACAGCGAGGAGGUGCCCGAAGUAGAAAUCGUCAGCUUGUUGCAAGAGCACAUACCGAAAUACCGCCUGCGAGCAGACUCACUCACACAAUUCGGAGGGUACGAGAAUCAAGACUGGUUCAUACCUUCGCCGGCACUGCCGCUCAGCUCCGAGGACCUAGCUCUCACGCCUGAUCAGAUCAGGGAAACACUCAAUUACUUCCUUCUAUGCAGCAACAGGGUGAGCCAAAUGACAAAGACCUACAAUGACAUCGAAGCGGUAACACGGCUCUUAGAAGAAAAAGAGAAGGAUUUGGAGCUGACAGCUCGUAUUGGCAAAGAGCUGCUGGCGGCGAACGGGCGGCUGGAGUCGCGAGUGACCGCACUCGAGGGCGAGCUGCGAGGCGCGCGGGACCUCGUCACGCAGCUGCGGCACGACCUCAACGCCAAGACUGAACUGCUGCAGGUGCUAACAAAUGACACAGAGGACAGCACUCCGACGGAGGAGCAGGAGCCACCCACGGCGGUGGCGCUGCGCAAACGCACGAGCGCGCUGGAGCGGGAGAACCGCGCGCUGCGCGACGAGGCGGCCAGGCUCGCUGCCGGCGCUGACUCCGCCGAGCUGGCCGAGCGACAGCUGCUCCGGGAUAUCGCCAACCAGCUCUCCAGUGCAAAUACUGAGGCGAACGUGCUGAGUUCCGAACUGUCGGAGGAGAGGCAGCGCUCCGCGGAUCUGCAGCAGCAACUGGACAGUGCUAACUCCAGGCUUGUCGUCACAGAACGUAAUUUGCAACAGCUGUCAGCCGAACACGAACACACGUUACGAAUUUUAGAAAUAACUAGGGAAAAUCAAAAUGCACUCGCAGCGGAGUUGGCUGAUGCCAAGGAGCGGUACAUGGAGGUGGCGGCGCACCUGGCGGAGGCGCAGGAGCAGAUGCGGCAGUUGCGGCGGCGCGGCGAGCCGGCGCGCGGCCUCAUGCCAAGCGUGGCGGCCGCCGCCGGCCUGCUACCCGGCCUGCCCACUCUGCCCAGUUUGCACCGCGAGAUGCACGCCUCUGUGUACUCCGAGCUCAGUCUCGACUCCGGCAUCGGCGAUCCCCUCGCACAUUCAAGCAUGCAGAAGGUGUUUGAGACGGUGCAGUGCGCGUCCAGAUGGUCUGGUGCAUCUGGCGCGUCGGGCGCGUCGUUGGCGGGCUCCGACGUUGCGGACGGCCCGCUGCAUGCAUACAAGCCACCGCUCAAGCCCCCAUCCGCGGACUCCUUCCUGGACUACUCCUCCGACGCUGAAUCUGAGGAUCUUUAUCCGGGCGGGUCGGGUGUGGGCGUGCCGGGCGCUCCGGGCGCGGCGGAGCUUGCGGCCGCGCUGCGUCGUCUCACGCCGCAGGAGAUCGACUCGCGCCGCGCCUCGCUCGCCGCCUCGCACAUUCUGCGACACCGCAAACACAAUGAGCGGGACGUGAGCGAGGAGAGCGCGGUGUGGGGCGCGGGCGCAGGCGGCGGGCUGGCGCGGUUCCGCGCGCCGCACAAGCUGCAGAUCGUCAAGCCGCUGGAGGGUUCGCUUACGUUGCACACCUGGGCGCAGCUCGCCAAGCCGAACAUGUCAGGUUUAUUAGAGGAACAAGAGGGCGUCGCGGUGCGUGGCAGUCGGUCAACGGGUGUGGGCUCGCGACUGUACCGACUGUCCGACGUCGAGGAGGACGACGAUAUGCUGCGCCUACCGCACUCCAGCCACAUCUACACCUUCACCAACAGUUCUGUGUGCGACAGUACGGUGCUGCACCCGAACGACGGCAGCCUGGCGGGCAGCAGCACGAGCAGCGUAUGCGGCAGCGGCAUGAGCAGUCUGUCCAGCAGCGUGCUCGGCACCGCGUGGAGCUCGCGCCUCACCUCGCGCCGCUCCUCCGCCGCCGGCUCGCCAGACCGCUCGCGUCGCGACUCCCUCUGUGCGCCGCCCUCGCGCCACCACUACUCGCCCACCGCUACGCCCGCCAACAGCCCGCUGCUGGGCUCGCCGGAGGCCACUCCGCCCGCCACGCCUCGUCCCGGCGACGCCCCGCCCUCGCUGCACGCCCUCAUCGCCAGCGGCACCUCCAUCCUGCGCCGCCGGUACCUCGCCUCGCCAGCCGCCGACGGGGCGCUGGCCCCGCUCGCGCUGCAGACGCCGGGCUCGCUCUACACCGGUCUCGUUCACCGUAGCCCCAUGGAGCAGCUCACCUGUCUCAAGCGCACGCUGCGCUCACCCGCCGCUCCCGCCGCACCCGUGCCCUCCACCCCGCCCGCGGAUACGCCACUCGGGGUGCCCGCACAUCCUGGCCAGGGAGCUCUCGACACACCCGGUGCUUUAGACAGUAUGAAGAGCGGAGGAAAUGGUCGGCGGGGUCGGGUGCGGGCGCCGCGGCCGCGCACCGAUCUAGGCACGGUAGGAGCUGCGGGCGCGGCUCCGGCGCCCUGUCCGCCCGUGCAGUCGUCCUCCCCUUUGGGCACGCUCAGCUCCCUUCUGUUCGGCAGAAAGGGUGGACUAUUGUAAAUAAAUAAUUUUCGUUGCAUCGAGACUUAUACGUUUGGCGCUACUCGACCCUUAAUCUAAAUCGAGUAUUCACAUUAGUAUGAGAUUUCAUGUAGAAGCAAAUUGAUUAUUAAUAAAUUACGUUGAUAAUUAUUUAAAGUCAAUUUGUCGUUGCAUUUACUACACACAAAUCAUACUACAGUAACCAUGCACAUAAACACUUAUAGAGUGGACAAAGUCUAACUUUGCAUUAAAUGUUUGAAAAACACUAAUUGUUUACAUAUUUUUUCUGCUAUUGAGAAUACGAUAAAGGUGCGGGUAGUUGCCGUUAUAAUUUUAUCACUUGUGAUUUAGAUUUAGAUCGGAUUUCUCGGUGAGGAGUUUGUAUGCGGUACCUAUCAUUAGUUUUUAAGUAGUCAUCCAAAUAUUCAUCCUAUAGAUGAGAUUUUUUUACCUUUUGAAUUUUGUUUAAUUGUAUCGUCCUAUUAUUGUGUUAAUUUUUUGACAUUGUUUUAUUUUGUAGUUAAUUUUUUCAACAAAGAGCGCGCAUUCGUGCAUUUAUAACGACUGAUUAAAGAAAAAUGAUAAGUGUAGAUGGUUCAAAGCAUUUUGGUGCGUGGUGCUGUGUGUUUGGAUUUCAUCGCUGGGUAAAUCUCUUGUUAUACUUAUGAGCAUGUCACAGUAAAAUAUGACACACUAUUUGCUAUGCACCAAUUUGACUUGUACGAUCUAUACUGAACGUGUUGGGCAUCGCUUCUACUCAUGUAAUGGCAUUUUUGUUCUCUCUCUUACACAUUCCUAACAAACGCAGUAUUUUAUUUGAAGAUCGCUCAAAAACGAAGAGAGAUACAUUACAAGGACCAAGCAUGCGAGGUUUUUAUUGAUUUGAUAAUAUUUUUUACAUCAAUACAUCACAGAUAACCCAGUAUUCUUUACCUUUAGAUACUUAAUUUGUGUAUUAUUUUGUGUAUCGAAGUGUUUUAAGGUUGUUAUCAAUUGAUUGUAUAUUAUAGUUAAUAUUAGGUGCAUUAGAUUGACAGUCGCAUUGACGGUAAUAUUUUUGGCUUUAAAAUUUUCCAUUGAAAAAAAACAUAAAUCAUUUUUCUAAUCUAACAAUUAGUCAUGAAAACUUGUAAAUAACUAAUGUAAUCAUUAAUUUAGAAGAGUACAAAUUAUUUAUGUUUUUAAUAAAAUAUCACCAAGUAAUAUCGAGAAUUAGAUACGAUUAUUAAUAAUUUUAAAAGGCAGGUUAAUUUUGUGUUCGUCCAAUAUUUGUAUGUACCGUUAAUAAUUCAUAUAAAUAAUUCAAGUUAAUCUUUUCUUUCUUUUUGUAGAAUUUAAAGAUUCAGGGUUUUAAAGGCGUAAUGGUGCAUGCCAUAGGCUAAGUAGGAUAAUAGUGUUGGCUACUAAUUGUAGAACAUUGUGAAUUACACAAUAUACAGAUGUCAGAUGUUUCCUGUCCGUGCUGUCAGAAUAUUGUUUUACUACAUUUAUUAAUUAAUGUUGAUUAAGUUAUUGAAUGGGGGAGAGGAAGUGACAAUUCAAUCAAGUGGCGAUAUAAUUAAGGGAUGAUCGAUGUUUCUAAUGGAACGUUUAAAAAAUCAAUAAAGAAUUUUUUAAAUAGUUACAUCAUGUAAGUAAUUAACAGUUUUUUUUCUACUGUUAGCUAUCAAAAAAUAUUUUCAUUUCAGUUUUUUCAGAGGAAGAGGCACGAGAAUGUGCUUUUGUACAAAUAGGAUCAUCGAACAUCCCUUAUUCAAUAUUAACUGAUGAUAUUUGAAAAUAAAAAAUAAUAAAAAUUUAUAUCGCAGUAUUACCAAAGAAUUUUCGACCACAAAUGUCACGUAUAGAGGAUUUUGCAUUGGUUCAAGCCCCUCCUCCCCGUUGGUGCUAGAUAGUUACUAUGCCAACACAGCGAUUAGCAGGAAAUCGCACUUUUACUAAUUGCAGUUAAUUCAGUUUUCAAACAUACAAAGAAUACACCAGAUGGCGUUAGGGUAUUCACUACCGAAACAUAGACACGAAAACAUAUUGCUAUUUCUUGUUAGUAGCGAAAAUGAAAGAGAAGAUGCAGUGGAGUCUUUUGCAUGUUUUCUACAUAGUUUUGUCUUAAAUUGAAAUUCUGUUUUUAAAAAUGAAUACAUAACAUCAAGCGCAAAAUCACAUAUGUUGAAAUGUAUGUCAAGAUUAAUUUUAAAAGAUAACCAUAGUGAAGGUUUAAAUGUUUGUAAACUGAAUAAACCAUAUUAAGAGUCGCUGGUAGAUUUAUUGUAUAGGUGCAAUUGUUUUUGUCAAUAAUUUCCGUUGUGGCUACAAUCGGUGUCGUUAUCUUAAAUGAAAAUGAUUAAUAUUCGAUUGGUAUUGACGAAAGGCUGUGAGCUGUGAAGGGGAUAUUUGUGUGGAAUUGAUAAGAUCGUCAUUGAAGCUAAAAUGUUUGCUAAGAAGCACAAAUUGUAAAUUGUAAGGAAAGAUUGAGAUUUGACGAAUCAAACAAUAUUAUACAAGUAGCUCCGAUUGUAUUAUAAUAGAAAUAUAAUUUAUUCUGAAAAUUA